AAGGAUUAUGUCCAAUCGUGGUUAUCCUUGGUAGGUCCUGUUAUUCGCUGUCAUGUGUCUAAAGCGCUCUUUUCAUGAGUUUUUGUUUCUUCUACUACUGCCGCAGCUGUGGCUUACUGUGACCAUUUUGCUUAUUUUGUCCUGCUUUGGGCAUUUUUUGAAAUUUUUACAUAUAUUUUUUCUUUCUAGCUAAACAUUUUCAUUUUAAAGCAAUAAAUCAUGUCAGAACAACCCCAUAUCUUUACUUGCAUUUCCUGUCAAGUGGCAUUUCAAUCACCAGAGAGCCAGCGUGCUCAUUAUAGAACAGAUUGGCAUAGAUAUAAUUUGAAGAGAAAAGUUGUCAAUCUUCCUCCUGUCACAUUUAGUCAAUUCAACGAAAAGGCUGAAGCUCGUGAAGCUAAGGAAGCGGAAGAAAAGAAGGCUAUUGAGACAAGGAACAAUUACUGUACUAGUUGCCGAAAGAGCUUUGGUUCCACUAACCAAUAUGAUAACCAUAUGCAAUCCAAGAAACACAAAGAUAAUGUGGCCAAGCAGGCUUCGGCUCUGCCGAAAAAAUCGAAUGACCAGCCUAAACAGCCAAAGACAAUUGAUAUGCGUGUGACGGAAGAGACGACAGAAGAAGAGAUGAUGGCCAUUAUUGAUGAAAAGAUCAAGUCUGCACCUCGUCUGGAAGAAACUGAUUGUUUAUUUUGUACACACAGAGCAGAUACCUUUGAAGACAACAUGUCGCAUAUGACUUCGGUUCACAGCUUAUUUAUUCCCGAUAUCGAAUACUUGAUUGACUUGAGAGGACUCAUUCGCUAUCUGGGUGAAAAGAUCACGGUUGGUAAUGUGUGUAUAUUUUGUAAUGGCAAAGGAAGAGGCAUGAGAUCUGUAGAAGCAGUUCGCAAACAUAUGAUCGAUAAGGGCCAUUGCAAGAUUGCUUAUGAAGAUGACGACGAUGCAGCUGAAUUGGUUGAUUUCUAUGACUUUUCAUCAUCUUAUCCACAGCCUGAAGAUGGUGAAGAGGUGGAUGUCGAUGCAGAAUUAACUCAAUUGGCACAAGGCCUUACCUUGGCUGAUGAUGAGAUGUCGCUCGUUUUACCCAAUGGCAGUGUUGUUGGCCAUCGUCACUUGAAGCGUUACUAUGAUCAGAAAUUGAAGCCAGAAGAGACACGAGAUUCUGUACUGAUCAAUAAGCUCAUUGGACAGUACUCAGAUUCACCUGCGUUCGAGUCUAUGCGUCGUAAUAACAGCAAGCAGCCAUUACUUUUGACAGAUUCUCGCAAUCGACAAGGACUUCGUACAUCUGAGGCAUUCAAGGACCUUCGUCGUCAGCAUGAAUAUACCACGCGUGUUGGUAUCAACGCAAACAAAUUACAAAAAUACUUUAGAAUCCAAAUCCUGUAAUUGCAAGCACAUAAUUUCAUUAUUUUGUAUAACCAUCGCACAAAUAAAAAAAACCCUGGGUUUCAUUUUACCGCAUGACCCAUCUUUUCCCGCAAGAGUUACUCGCGAUCUGUUAAUAUUAUCUGUAACCUUACACUAGAUUGCAACCUGCGGUCUUAAGGAUUUCAUUUUUAAUGCAACAUUAUAUUAUUGUAUAACAGAUCCCAUAAACAGAUAAAAUGUAUC